CAGAACCAGAGGGGAACUUUUAUCCAGGAUGCCUGAGCCAGCUAAGAAAACAGCAGAUGCCCCGGCUGAUGGGGUACCUCCAGAGCCAGCUGCCCCCACGGAGGCUCCAGCCGCCCCUGAACCGGCCCCCCCAGCCGCCCCUGAACCUGCCCCCCCAGCUGCCCCAGCUGCCCCUGUCCCAGAGACCAACGGCCACGGGCCGGACCCCAUCGCUGACCGGCGCCAGUCUAUGGAUCCCGGCGCUGAACGGCGGGGAUCAGUGGACACUCGGCAGGACCUUACUGGGCUGUUCACAGAGAAGCCUCAGAGUGCAGACGUCACAUUGGGUGGGAACAUCACGUUUGUGGCCAAGGUGAACGCCACCUCCCUGCUGAAGAAGCCCACGGUCAAGUGGAUCAAAGGCAAAUGGAUGGACCUGGCCAGCAAGAGCGGCAAACACCUGCAGCUCAAGGAGCUCUACGACCGCAACACAAAGGUGUAUACUUUCGAGAUGCAGGUAAUCGGUGCCAAAACCAGCUUCGCCGGAGGCUACAGGUGUGAGGUGUCAUCGAGGGACAAGUUUGACAGCUGCAACUUCGACCUGACUGUGCAUGAGGCGCGGGCAGCGGAGGAGUUUGAUAUCCGCGCCGCCUUUAGACGCACUAGCAUUGAUGGAGGUGAGGAUUCUGGAGAACUGGACUUCAGCUCAAUCCUCAAGAAAAGGUCAGUGUGUAUUAACGCAUUGCGGUCUGUCUUGCCCUGCUUGUGGCUUCUGCAUCUGUAUGAGAGCAGCAGUUUUGUAAAAGCUUCGCCGCGGGCCGUGCACAACGUGAGUAAAGAUGCGGAGACGGACGUGUGGGACAUCCUGCAGACGGCCAAGCCCACGGAGUACGAGAAGAUCGCCUUCCAGUACGGCAUCACCGACCUGCGCGGCAUGCUGAAGCGCCUGAAGAAGAUGAAGAAACCAGAGGAGAAGAAGAGCGCAGCGUUCCUGCGGGGGAUGGACCCUGCCUACCAGGUGGAGAAGGGACACAAGAUCAAGCUGGCCGUGGAGGUGGCUGACCCCGAUGCUGAGGUCAAAUGGCUGAAGAACGGUCAGCCCAUACAGCAGUCAGGAAGCAAGUACAUCUUUGAGAGUGUGGGAAACAUGCGCUACCUGACCAUCAGCCACUGCUCGUUGGCAGACGACGCUGCCUACACCUGCCUAAUCGGAGAGGAGAAGACCGUCACGGAGCUCUUCGUUAAAGAGCCUCCGGUGACCAUUCUCCAGAACCUGGAGGACCAGAUGGCGAUGAAGGGGGAGAGGGUGGAGUUUAUGUGUGAGGUGUCCGAGGAGGGAGCGCUCGUCAAAUGGGAGAAGGACGGCGUGGAGCUGACCCGUGACGAGUCCUUCAAGUACCGCUUCAAGAAGGACGGACACAAGCACUACCUCAUCAUCAACGAGGCCACCAGGGAGGACUGCGGCAACUACCGGGCCAAGACCAACGGGGGGUCAGUGGCUGAGCUCAUGGUGCAAGAGAAGGAGCUGGAGGUGUACCAGAGCAUCGCGGACCUGACGGUGAAGGCGAAGGACCAGGCCGUGUUCAAGUGCGAGGUGUCCGACGAGAACGUCAAGGGCACCUGGUUCAGGAACGGAGUGGAGGUGCAGGCCGACGCACGCACACACAUCACACACAUCGGCAGGAUGCAUAAGCUCACCAUAGAUGACGUGAAGCCGGAGGAUGAGGGAGACUACACAUUUGUCCCGGAGGGCUACGCAUUUAACCUCUCAGCCAAACUCAACUUCCUCGAGGUCAAGAUUGACUACGUGCCUCGCCAGGAUCCUCCAAAGAUCCACCUGGACACCUGCGGCCGAGUCCCAGAGUCCACUAUAGUGGUCGUCGCCGGAAACAAGCUGCGAUUGGACGUGCCAAUCACAGGAGACCCCGCCCCCACUGUGGUCUGGACAAAGGGUGAGAAGGGUAGAGCCAAAGCGGCGGAGGGGGAGGACAAAGAGGAGUCCGUCCGCACGUGGACCACCGACAAGAACGGGGAAGUGAUCACGGAGGCCACCUCGGACGGUCGCGUCCACGUGGAGACGACGAAGGGCCACUGCAUCUUCACCAUCGAGGGGGCGGAGCGACAGGACGAGGGCGUCUACUCCGUCAUCGUGCGCAACCCGGCCGGAGAGGACCAGGCCGACAUCACCGUCAAGGUCGUCGAUGUGCCCGAUCCUCCUCAGGCUCCCAAGAUCCUCAGCGUCGGGGAGGACUCCUGUGUGGUCCAGUGGGACCCUCCGCUCUUCGAUGGAGGAUCACCAGUCAUUGGUUAUGUGCUCGAGAGGAAGAAGAAGAAGAGCUACCGCUGGAUGCGUUUGAACUUUGACCCCCACAAGGACACCACGUACACAGCCAGGCGGAUGAUUGAGGGCAUGGCGUACGAGAUCAGGGUGUAUGCCGUCAACGCCAUCGGAAUGUCUCGCCACAGCAUGCCCUCCCAGCCGUUCGUGCCCGUCGCCCCAACCAGUGAGCCCCUGGGCCUUUGCGUUGAUGACAUCAGUGACACCACCAUCUCGCUGAAGUGGAAAGCUCCAGACAGGCUGGGAUCGGCUGAGCUCGACGGCUACGGGGUCGAGUACUGCAAGGAGGGCACUGAUGAGUGGAUUCCUGCCUUCGAGGGCCUCACUGACCGCACCUCGGUCACCAUCCGGGAGCUGCCCACAGGGGAGCGGAUGCAGUUCCGUGUGCGGGCGUACAACAUGGCUGGCCCCAGCACCCCAGCUAGCCUAGCACAGCCUGUCACCAUCCGAGAGAUUAUGCAACGUCCCAAAAUCUGGAUUCCCCGCCAUCUACGACAAACCCUGGUGAAGAAAGUCGGGGAGCCUAUCAACUUGGUGAUUCCCUUCCAGGGCAAACCUCGACCCAAAGUCACCUGGACAAAAGAUGGCGAACCACUGGAUGCUAAGCAGGCCAGCAUUCGUAACAGCGACAUAGACACCAUUCUCUUCAUCCGUCGGUCAGAACGCAAGGAUUCUGGGAAGUACGAGAUCAAACUCGAGAUCGAGAAUGUGGAGGACACGGCUGACAUCACCAUUCAGAUCGUUGACUUACCUGGCCCCCCUAUGAGUGUGAAGAUCUGUGAGGUGUGGGGCUUCAACGUGGCGCUUGAAUGGAAACCCCCCAAGGACAACGGUAACUGUGACAUCAGUGGCUACAUCAUCCAGAAAGCUGACAAGAAAACCAUGGAGUGGUACAACGUCUACGACGCGUACAGACGCACCAACUGUGUGGUGUCGGACCUCAUCAUGGGCAACGAGUAUCUCUUCCGCAUCUACUCCAUCAACAUGGUGGGCUGCAGUCUCGACCCCUGCGACACCAAAGACAGCGCCUUCAUCCAGAAAACAGGUUUUGUGUACAAGCCUCCCUCCUAUAAGGAGCAUGACUUCUCUGAGGUGCCCAAGUUCACCCACCCUCUCGUGAACCGCUCUGUCAUCACCGGCUACAACGUCACCCUCAGUUGCUCCGUUAGGGGCAUCCCCAAGCCCAAAAUCACGUGGUACAAGAACAAGAUGGACAUCUCCAAUGAGGCCAAGUACCGGAUGUUAUGCAAGCAGGGUGUGCUCACGCUCGAGAUCCGUAAGCCGUGUCCGUUUGACGGUGGCGUCUACAUGUGCAAGGCCGUCAACUCUACUGGGGAGGACAUAGUUGAGUGCAAGCUGGAAGUUCGCCCCUUACCCAAGGACGAGCCCAAGGAAAAGAAGUGAGAUGCCUCGGGAACCCUCUCCUAAUUUUGGACAGAAAGGCUGAAGCUGAAGAUGUCCCCAACUGCCCCUACUGCCCCCAUCUACCCUUUCUCCUGCACCUCUACGGGGCAUCUCCUACCUUCUGAGAUGGUGAUUGUCAAGUGACACGGCUCAAGGAUUUCAUUGGCUGUCAAGACAUCCCCCCCUGUGCUUCACUGCUCUUUGUGUUUGAUCUCCAUGUUGUGUGUGUGUGUGUGUGUGUGUGUAUGUGUAUCGUUAAUCCUAGUCACCAUCCUCAACAUUUGUGCAUUAAACAUCCUGUACCAUCUGCAUUUGUUGGUCUUCCUCAUUUCCAUCUUUCAUCUAUAUGUGUCUGUUUCCUCCUCUUUGCUGAAGGAUUUGUGCAUAGAGAACGUGUCCUUGGUUGUCUUUUAAAUAAAAGGAGGUUGGUGGGUAGGUGUGUGUGUGGGGGGGGGGGCUCCAAAGUACCAUUUCUCCUCCAUCUCACCGAUGGUAUAUUUAUUGUUGCCAUUAAUGCUUAAAUAAACUUGUUUUUUGUGGACGCUAA